AUGGCUACAGAUGGCUGGGAAUGGGAUGAACCUGCUCCUCAUCAGGCUGAUGCUGCAAAGAAAAAGGAGCUUCCGAUCGUCGAUUCGAAACUGUUUAACAAAUGGACCUUCGAACAUUUGCAUAUUAGUGAUGUUUCAUUGAUGGAUUAUAUCAGUGCUCAUCCAGACAAGCAUGCUACUUAUAUACCGCAUACGGCCGGAAGGUACUCGACGAAGCGGUUCAGGAAGGCUCAAUGCCCCAUUGUAGAAAGGCUGGUGAACGCGUUGAUGAUGCACGGACGCAACAAUGGCAAGAAGUUGAUGGCAGUCAGGAUUGUGAGGGAUGCUAUGGAGAUCAUUCACCUUCUCACUGACCAAAACCCCAUUCAAGUCGUUAUUGAUGCUGUUGUUAAUAGUGGUCCAAGAGAAGAUGCGACUCGAAUCGGCACGGCAGGUGUGGUGAGGAGGCAAGCUGUGGAUGUGUCUCCACUUCGCCGUGUGAACCAAGCAAUAUAUCUUCUUGUCACAGGUGCUCGGGAAAGUGCUUUCAGGAACAUCAAGACUAUAGCGGAGUGUUUGGCUGAUGAAUUGAUCAAUGCUGCCAAGGGAUCUUCUAACAGCUAUGCCAUCAAGAAAAAGGAUGAGAUCGAGAGAGUUGCUAAGGCUAAUCGUUGA